AUGGACUCCGGUGUACGUACUGUUAUCUCUGCAUCUGACCCCCCGCGCUCGCGGGCACUUGCGGGGGCGCCGAGAGGCUCGCGGCCGGGGCCGCGCCCGGGGCCUCCCGAGGAAGCUGGCGGCUCCUGUGAGGGAGGCCGGGCUCCUGGGGCUUCCUUGUCCGCUGGCGCCGUUGGGGGAUGUCCAGACCAGGGCGCAGAGGGCACCGUGACCGUGACCGCUCGGCGCACAGGCAGGGUGGGGCCCAGCCGCCCUCGGACCUUCCAAAGACUCCAGAGCCCGCGCCCAGCGCCCCGCGUGCUGGAGACUUUCCCCGGGCGGCCUGAGAGGGCGUCGUGGCCGGUCGGGGAAGGCGGCUCCGGGCGCUCGGUCCCACACCGGCCCUGCCCAGGCGCCCUCGUCGCUGUGUGUGUCUUGGUGACCUUCAGAAACAGACCCUCUGGACCGAGGGGCCACUGGUGUGGCCUUUUCACGCCCCGAGCCUGGGACGUGAGCGAGGGCCCUUCCCGCCCAGGAAGCCCGGAGGCUGUGGACGCGCCUUUCUCGGAUGUGAUUUAGCAAAACCUGCCACCCCCUCCCGUGGACCAGGACGGGGCCAGUCGCGUGUGGGGGAGACGCGGCUCAAGACGCGGUCGGACCGGGUCUUACAGUCCAGGAAACGACGAAGCCAGAACAUGGACCCGUGUAAAAGGACCUUCCGUGUUGUGUUCUGAUUUUGCGAAAAGCUCUCAAAUCCAGGGGAUUCCGUGCUCAGUGGAUGGAGGUUGACCCGGAACCGCAGACCUUGUAUGAAGACGUGAAGUGCUGACACUAUUUUUCCUGUUUCCUUUCCCUUUUUUUUUUUUUAAUCUGAAUUGUGCCCUGUACUGCAGUUGUUUGAAUAAAAGUUUUAUUUAUUGCAUCGA